AUGGGUUCAUUUUCGAUAUUGUGUAUUUUAAGUUUGAUACUCAUUGUGAGUUGCAGUAACAUUACAAGCGCCCAAGACUCACCAGUCGAUUAUCUGAAACCGCACAACGCAGCAAGAUCAGCUAUUGAAGGUCUUAACAUUCCAAAUCUUGUUUGGGAUGAAAAAAUUGCAGCUUUCGCACAAAACUAUGCCAAUCAACGCAAGGAUUGUAAAGUGAUUCCCUCGGAUGGUAAUGGUGGACACUACGGUGAGAAUCUUGCCAUUAGCAAUGGCUACAUAAGUGGUGCAGAAGCAGUGAAAUUGUGGGUGGAUGAGCAACCUCACUUUGAUCAAUAUCAUAACAAAUGCAUUAAUGGUGAAUGUCUUCAUUAUACUCAGGUGAUUUGGAAUGAUUCAUUACGUGUUGGAUGUGGCAAAGUAAAAUGUGAUAAUGGAGGCACAUUUAUUACUUGCAAUUAUUAUCCUCCUGGCAAUAUUCCAGGCCAAGAUCCAUUCUAAGUGCUUCAUUAUUUAAUCAUAAUUUGUUUAUGACUCAUGUAUUGUGUUGUAAUGUUUCUAAAUUAUAAAAUAAUAUUCACGUGACUCACAUUUGUACUAUUUUAUUAGUGAAUUCAGGUUGUCAAACUUUCCAUGAUAAAAAUCAAAUGGUUCAUAUUUAA